AUGCCUUCGACUUACACUCGUCUUUUCGCGGCGCUUUGCGCUCUUGCGGCCACUGCCAACGCCGUCACCACCAUCGAGGUGAAGGGAAAGGACUUUGUCAACAGCAAGUCCGGUGAUCGUUUCCAGAUCAUCGGUGUCGAUUAUCAACCCGGUGGUUCUUCCGGUUUCAAGAAGGACAAGGACCCUCUCAGCGACAAGGAUGCUUGUCUGCGUGAUGCGGCUCUCAUGCAGCGCCUGGGUAUUAACACCAUCCGUGUUUACAACCUGGCCCCCAGCCUGAACCAUGACGACUGUGCUUCCAUCUUCAACGCCGCCGGUAUCUACAUGAUUCUGGACGUCAACUCCCCUCUGUACGGCAGCUACAUUGACCGCACUGCUCCCAAGUCCAGCUACAACGCCGUCUACUACGAGCAGGUCUUCGGCGUCAUCGAAGCCUUCAAGAACUACCCCAACACCCUCGGCUUCUUCGCAGGCAACGAGGUCAUCAACGAGCAGAGUGUCAAGGAGGUUGCCGCGUACAUCCGUGCCGUCCAGCGUGAUAUGAAGGACUACAUCAAGAAGAACGUCGAUCGCAGCAUCCCCGUGGGUUACUCCGCCGCCGAUAUCCGCCCCUGGUUGAUGGAUACCCUCAACUACUUCAUGUGCGAGGACUCGGACGAGCCGAGCUCGCAUUCUGACUUCUUCGGUCUCAACUCCUACUCGUGGUGCGGUGACUCGUCCUACAAGAAGGCCGGCUACGACAUCCUGACUGAGGACUUCAAGAACGCCUCUCUGCCUGUUUUCUUCUCGGAAUACGGAUGCAACGAAGUGACACCUCGUAUCUUCACCGAGGUGCAGGCCAUCUACGGCGAGGAGAUGACCCAGGCCUUCUCCGGUGGUCUGGUCUACGAGUACACCCAGGAGGAGAACAACUACGGCCUGGUCAAGCUUAACGACAGCGACACUGCCACCUUGCUCGUCGACUACGAGAACCUGCAGAAGCAGUACGCCAAGCUCGACAUGAAGCGCAUCCAGGCCUCCAACUCGACCCAGACCUCCUUCAAGGCCCCCAAGUGCAGCUCCGACCUGAUCAAGAACGGGACCUUCCUCAGCAAGUUUGACCUGCCUUCUCGCCCCUCCAAGGUCCAGGACAUGAUCGACAAGGGUUUGUCCAAGGCCAACACCGGUAAGCUGGUUGAUGUCAAGACGACCUCUAUCCCUCAGAAGAUCUACGAUCACACCGGCAAGGAGGUCACUGGCAUCCAGCUGAAGGCUCUGUCCAGUGGCGAGUCCAACACCCCUGGCGAAGGCACCUCCAGCUCCAGCUCCAGCUCCAGCUCCAGCAGCGGCAGCGCUGACGCCAAGGACAAUGCGGCCGGCAAGAUGACCGCUUCUUUCAUGGGUCUGGUGGUCGGAGCCGUUGUUGCUGCCGUCUCAGUGCUGUAA